CCUCACAGGACGCUUGCGCGUGGACAAAGACAUCCAGAAGAACAGGAAUCUGUGUCCUCAGCAGAAACUGAUUCAGUUAUCCUCAUUAGAUCUGUUUCCUGUUGGCUUCAUGUUUAACAUUCUCUGUUGUAAGAAUCUGACAGUCUUGUUACUACAGAGCUGAAAUAAAUUCCUGGUUUACAGCAUGUCUUGAUAUGGGUGACUGGUUCUCAUGCAGUUUUUGGAGACUGUGAGUGGACUGAAUUCCUCGUAUUAAACCGUGCAGGUGUGAGAGGUCAGGGGUCAGUCAGGGGUGUCAGCAGGAGCAUCAGGUCCACCUUCACUUAGAGAAACUCGUGGUGACGCUUUAACUGCACCGCGUGCUCCUCUCAGCAGACGUACCUGUGUCAGUGUGUGUGCUGAAAGGAGCGCGUGUCUCCGCGCGCCCCAAACACUGAAGGACGUUAGAGAAAAAUGGGCGUUCCAAGGGCGCGCACGCGAUAUAUGCCGUGUGUUACAGUGGAGCGUGUGGUAACGGGCCUGAGUGAGUGACCUUAUCGUGGCGGUGUGGUGUCUGACCGCUAAGGGACCGGGGCUGUGAACAUCAUAAAGCCUGACUCUGUCUCUCUCCACUCGGUCGCUGAUGCACGGGGACACCGGCUUAAACCUCCCACACACUGCAAGCUCAAGGACGGGCGGACCAACACCUGUAGCUGGGUAGAAUCCUCCAACACGGUCUCUGUGGUUCAUGUGAAGCUCAAGUCGUCCAUCCUGAAGAUCGGCACGCUCUGCUAAACUUUUCCUCCUCACAGGCUCUGUAGCUAAGUCCGCGGCUGGAGUUGAGGCUUCUGCUGAACUUGCUGAGAAAGGUAUACAAAUGCUCUCCGUCCAGCCGGACACCAAGCCAAAAGGCUGUGCCGGCUGCAACCGGAAGAUCAAGGACCGCUACCUGCUGAAGGCCCUCGAUAAGUACUGGCACGAGGACUGCCUCAAGUGUGCCUGCUGUGACUGCAGGCUGGGCGAGGUGGGGUCCACGCUCUACACCAAAGCCAACCUCAUCCUGUGCCGGAGAGACUACCUACGGUUGUUUGGUGUGACAGGGAACUGUGCAGCCUGCAGCAAGCUAAUUCCUGCCUUCGAGAUGGUCAUGAGGGCCAAGGAGAACGUCUACCACCUGGACUGCUUUGCAUGCCAGCUCUGUAAUCAGAGGUUUUGUGUGGGAGACAAAUUUUUCCUGAAGAACAACAUGAUCCUAUGCCAGACAGACUACGAGGAGGGGCUGAUGAAGGAGGGCUACGCUCCCCAGGUCCGCUGACCCUCAUAGGCCAACAUGGAGGAGGAGGAGGAGGAAGAGGAGGAGUGGGAGAAAGAGAGAGACUGAAGGAGAGCUUGCAAUCACACAACAAAAAGCACUAUUGCCUCCUGUUCAUCUCCUGUCCCCCACAUGUACAUAACUAAGUGAGCCUCCCUGGGAGGGGACACAUUCUGCUGUACAAAAUAGCCAUAGACACGCCAGUGUGGCAGGGAAAGGCCCUGGAAGCAUACAACAAACUACAACUACGAAAAAAACUGUUUGUCUAUUUCUUUGUUUGUGACUGAUGGAUGCUGCCUCUUUCCUUCUGGCCAAUAAACGCCGGCCUUGUUGGAAAAAGAAAAAUUAACCCACCCAAAACCAGACUUGUCUCACUUCAUCUGGACAGACUGCAUCCAACCUGACUGCAUAGUCCAACAACUUCUACUUGAAUCUAAAACACACUGAGGUAUCGUCAAUCGAUGUAAUUUUGAGAUAAAGACCUUUUUACUGUAUGAUAUCAGAUUAAAAACACAGUGAAUGUAAACUGAAGAGCGGCAAACAUAAUGCCUUUGGAUGCUUGAGUUGUUGUUGUUGUUGUUGUUGUGUGUGUGUGUGUGUGUGUGUGUGUGUGUGUGUGUGUGUUUUAGGAUCUCUCUUCAGGUUGAGGACUUAUCUGCCAUGCAGUCUCACAAGGCUUGGUCUGGUCCAUGUAAUGCUUUCAGGACUUUAGGGUUCCACAGCUGAUCACAAGGAUUUCAACAUGCCAAUAGUUGCUAACAUUAUGACAUAAUCAGUGCUUUUCUUUUGUCAGAUGAAAUUUCUCUCUACAUUAAUAUACUUGAGGUACUUGAGGUAAAAGUGUGAUUGGCUGUUGAGAUUGGCUGUGAAUGUCAAUGAAAAGACUAUUUCUCAUCAAAGUAAGUGGCUUUUGAAAACAAUAAAGCUGCUCUAAUCAGCAUUUGUUAAUAAAUUAACAAUGGAUAAAAUGACAUCUAUUUUCUAAUGUAAAAGGCAUCCCUGGUAGUGAAACUACAGAUUAUCAUAAAAUAAUUUCCCCAUUGUGGGACUACCACAAUGGGGAAAUUUACAUCAUCAUCUAACUCUCAGCUCUGAGCUUUUCAGCCAAACCAAGAGUUAGCAAGUAGCUGGUGAAGAAAGUGGAGUACGGUGCAGCUAAGGAGCCAGAUACUUUUCACAGGAGUUGUUGGAGACAAAACCAGACUAAAAGGAGGAUUGGAUGGACAUUCACCAGGUGGAGACAAACAGCUCCAGUGAGAUGCUAAAGUUGCUCUUUGUCUGCUGGAUGUGUAAAUAGGAAACUGUUUGCCCCAUGCUGAUAGUAUAUUAUGUCAGAAGUUAUGUUUUUAAUUUGUUCUGCAGCCCCCAAGUGGCCAAAAAACAAACAAACAAACAAUUAAACAAUUAAAGUAGCUUUAAAUGUUCUGGACCAGACUUAAUGCCUGCAGAAAAACACCUGGCUAUGUGAGACCUUUCAGGUGGUGACAAGAGUCAGGUCAAUUCCUGAAAUGCAUUCCAUCAGAACUACUUUCAGCAGUAUCUGGGCAGCCUGGGUUUGGACUGUGACUACAGGCUCUGUUCUUGUGAAGACAGGCUGUGUAUUUUUUGCUGAAACAGACUUUUUGUAUUUAUUAAAAUCUUGCUUUCACAGCGGUCAAACUGAAAUAUGGAGAGAUUCGCAUGGAGGCAAGUUGUUGUAGUGGUUGUAGGGGUGUAGGGAUCAGUCUGGGUUGGUUACUUUUUGUACACUAUUUAUUUGAUAAACAUUCAGUGCACCACCAGUUGUCCAUAAUUUGGUUGUUUGACAUGCUGGUACUUGAAUCUAAUCAGUGAUUUCUCAAUCACCGGCUUAAUGUUGAGGAAGGCUCUGUAAUUUUCCACACAGCUUUGGGUUCAUUUAACUGGCCAGUCAAUGGUUCCCUGCUGUAGAGGAGUUUCAUCCUCUUCAAACAAACAAACCAUUGAUAUUUCUGUAUUAAAUAUCAGCUUGUGACAGUGCUCUGCACCAUUUCUUAGCUGGAAAAGAUCCUUCUCUAAUUUGUAAAUUAUGGGUGUACAUAAAAGAAAUAUUCACUUUUGCUUGCUGUUGUACAAUGAUUUCUUUUUAUGUGUCAUCCAGCAUGAGAUGUUUAUUUUUAGGACAACACUUGUAAAUACUGUAAUUGUAAUAAUUUUAAGCACAAAUGUAAUACAGUUUUAUUGUGUUA